CGGGCGUGAACACAUGACCUCCCACUCAGAGAGAGAGAGCGAGAGAGCGAGAAGGGGAUUUCUCUCCAGCAUCCUCUCAGCAGACCGAAGCAGCAACACGACGCCAAGAGGUUGAUCCCGCCAUGUUGGCUCUCCUGCUGCUGCUCCUCUCCCUCGCCUCCUCAGUCUCCCUGGUGCCCCCUAGAGGCUCCCCAUGCAGCCGCUGCUGCGAUGACCUGGAGCCAGCUGAAGGCAGCGCUGCAAAGCCGCCCCUGUUCAGCCCAGUGCCAGAGGUCCGAACCUACAUCAACAUGACCAUCCUCAAAGGGGACAAAGGAGACCGUGGCGACAGAGGGACCCCAGGGAAACCCGGUGCUGAAGGUCCACCCGGACCCAUGGGGCACCUGGGUUUAAAAGGAGCCAAAGGUCAGGUGGGCGUACCUGGUGACGCCUGUAAAUCCCAGCACGCCGCCUUCUCAGUGGGGCGCCGUAAAUCCCUGCACAGCCUGGAGUCCUACCAAACCCUGGUCUUCGACACGGUCUUCGUGAACCUCUACGACCAGUUCGACAUGUUCAGUGGCAAAUUCUUCUGUCACGUUGCUGGCAUCUACUUCUUCAACGUGAACAUCCACACCUGGAACUUCAAGGAGACGUACCUGCACAUCAUGAGGAACCAAGCAGAGCAGGCCAUCGUGUAUGCGCAGCCUAGCGACCGCUCCAUCAUGCAGAGCCAGAGCCUCAUGUUGGACCUGGACACGGAAGACCAGGUGUGGAUCCGUCUCUACAAGAGAGAGCGGGAGAACGCCGUUUACAGCGACGACGUCGACGUCUACAUCACCUUCAACGGAUAUCUCAUCAAAGCCAGGUCGGACUGAUCGGCACCGAGCCUGGGACCUCAUUUGCACUGAGCCAAAUCCUUCUGGCAGGAGAAUGUUUCGGAUCCAGUCUGGCUGCCAAACUGGCAGCUGGAAUGAUCACAGUGACACAAUCCUCUGGAAAAAGAGAAUUGAAUAAGUUCUUAGGUCCUGAUUUUAACAUGGUGCUGAAACAUGGUGCUCAAAUUCCUCUUGUUUAUGAUGUUCCUGACACAA